UGAGGAGGAGCUGUCCACAGUACCAAGGAGCUGUACACUCGGAAAAGUUUGCCUUCAACUAGUACACUCGACUAAAAGGAGGAAGAAUCCGCAGAGAUGGCAACCCAAGCACAGCAGCCGCCGCGCCUGCACUUGUCUGAACUCACCGCAGCGCAGUUUAUCGACAUCUGGAAACAUUUUGACGCAGACGGAAAUGGCUACAUCGAAGGAAAGGAGCUGGAGAACUUCUUCAGAGAGCUGGAGGCUACAAGACGAGGAGCCGGUGUGGAUCCCUCCAACGCUGCAUUCAAAGAAAAGAUGAAGGAAUUCAUGGCCAGUUUAGACAAGAAUUCUGAUGGAAGAAUUGAGAUGUCAGAGCUGGCUCAGCUUCUGCCCACAGAGGAAAACUUCCUGCUCUGUUUCAGAGAGUUUGUGGGAUCCAGCUCUGAGUUCAUGGCUGCCUGGAGGAGGUAUGACACCGACCGCAGUGGAUACAUCGAGUCCAAUGAGCUGAAGGGUUUUCUUUUAGACCUGCUGAAAAAGACUGACAGAAACUACGAUGAAAAGAAGCUCAAUGAGUACACACACACUAUUUUGAGGAUGUUUGAUCUUAAUGGUGAUGGUAAACUGGGUCUGUCUGAGAUGGCGAGGCUCCUGCCAGUUCAGGAAAACUUCCUGCUGAAGUUCCAGGGCAUCAGGCUCACGGUUAAAGAGUUCAACUCCCUCUUCACCUACUAUGACAAGGAUGGUAAUGGCUAUAUUGAUGAGCAGGAACUGGAUGCUUUGCUGAAGGACCUCUGUGACAAGAACAAAAUGGAUGUGGAUUCAUCAGGACUUGGAGGAUACAAGAAGAGCAUCAUGGCUCUGUCGGAUGGAGGGAAACUGUACCGCACUGAGCUGGAGAUUGUCCUCUGCCGGGACUCUACACUGUGACUUGCUAAAGCCACCACCCCACUCUACCCUUCCCCACCUGUCUCCUACCUACUUUCUGAUGUAACCAGGUGCAUGUGUGACCCCUAACCUUGCUAGACCACUUAGAGUGAAAACAAAGUAUAUGCUGGCCCCAUCGUUUUUGCUUCAUACCUCACUGAAGUUGUUUUUUUAAUUUAUUUAUUUUCAGGCAGAUCUAUAGUGAAAUAGCCAUAUCAGGAAUAUACUGUCUCUAUUUAACUUGUUAUUUAUUUAUACAUUUGUAUUUUUACAUUUGUUCCCUCUAUGUUUACAUGUCAUACAUCUAUACAAACAGCUAAUUUAUUUAUUUAACCCUAUUUAAAUCGACUUACUGAAGUUAUAUAUUUAUCUGAUGAGGCUUGUACUGUUCUAUAACAGAUGUAACUGAGAAAAUGAAUGAAUAAAUAUACCAAGACAA